GUCCCAAGGCAGCCUCCAGCUGAGAGCAGAGGGACUCUGGCGGCCGCGAUCCGGGGGGAGACUCCUCCAGGUGACACGCCUGCCGCUUCCCGUUUUCGCUGAAGCGCAAGGCAGGGGCUGGGACGCCGCAAAGGCUCACAGAGCUCGUUGCAGACCCGGUGUGCAGCCCUGUGUGAAGCGAGAGGAGGAGCUCUGCCGGUGGCGCCGGCUCUCCGAAGGUCCAAGUCUCCCGGGCGAUUAUCUGGCAUAGAAGUAUUCUUUGAAGAAUUUUGUAUGAUAUUGGAGGAUGGCAGAAGCAGUUUUGGUUGAUCUGUUCGGUUUGGAAUUGAACUCUCGGGAAAACUGCCAUCAGACAUUACUGAAGACACUGAAUACUGUCCGAUAUGGCAAGGCCAAGUUCCUUUUCAUAAUAUGUUGCAAUAACUUCAGCAAAUGGGAUGGUGAACAUAAUUGUAAACUGGAGACAAGCAAUGAAUUAUCAGCAUUUUUCAGUGAAUUUGAGAUUGUUAAUAAUCCAAGCAUGGCUGCUUCUUUGUAUACUAUUAAGCAAAAAAUUGAUGAAAAAAAUUUGAGCAGCGUUAAGGUGAUUGUACCAGUACACAGGAAAGCAUUAAUGAAGGCUUUUAUUGAUCAACUCUUCACUGAGGUAUACAAUUUUGAGUUUGAAGAUUUACAGGUGAAGGAUGGCCUUUCGGAGCAGUCCACUGAAAUAAACAUGAUCACAUCUCCUGAACUAGAAAAAAUACAGGAUGAAAUAGAAACAUAUUUGAGAAGCCUGCCAGCUCUGAAUGGAAAAUUAACUAUUAUUACAUCUCCUUUGAUCCCAGACAUUUUCAUACAUGGAUUUACUACAAGAACAGGUGGAAUAUCUUAUAUACCAACUCUUAGCUCACUUAAUCUCUUCAGUAGUUCCAAACGGAGAGAUCCUAAGGCAGUUGUUAAAGAAAAUCUUCGUAGGUUGUCAAAUACUGCAGGAUUUAAUGCCGAGAAGUUUUACCGAGUAAAGACUGAUCAUGCCAGUAAAAUCUGGAGCAUGGGGGAAAAGGAGCCUGAAUUUUAUGAUGGAAUAAUCACCAAUCAAAGAGGAGUCACAAUAGCAGCUCUUGGUGCUGAUUGUAUACCUAUAGUUUUUGCAGAUCCCAUGAAAAAAGCAUGUGCGGUUGCUCACUCUGGUUGGAGAGGUACAUUGUUAGGUGUUGCUAUGGCUACAGUGAAGGCUAUGAUAUCAGAAUAUGGCUGUAGUUUGGAAGACAUUAUUGUUGUACUAGGACCUUCAGUAGGACCUUGCUGUUUUACUCUUCCCAGAGAAUUAGCAAAUACAUUUCAUAAUCUUCAUCCAGCAUGUGUACGACUCUUUGACUCACCAAAUCCCUAUAUUGACAUCCGAAAAGCCACCAGGAUUCUUCUAGAACAAGGAGGAAUUCUUUCACAGAAUAUUCAGGACCAGAACCAAGAUCUCAACCUCUGUACAUCCUGCCAUCCUGAAAAGUUUUUCUCCAACGUCCGUGAUGGCCUUAACUUUGGUACACAGAUUGGCUUCAUAUCAAUUAGAGAAUGAGAUACUUGACUGGAUUUUUACAUAACUUUUCUUCCUUCUUCCAAAUUGAUGGCAAGAGAAAAAUUAAUUGAUUGUAAAGCAUAGAGGAUUACAAUGGACACUUCAUUUGUAGGGUGUAUUUUCAUUAUUAUUACCAAAUCCAAAUGAUUUUUAAUUUAAAUGAUAACUGACUAAAAAUUAAUAUGACUUUUAUAUAUGAAGAUGGUUCUAAAAUAUUGUUCUCCUUAUUACAUAAAUGAGGAAUAGGUUUGUUGGAUAUUUAUUGGAUAUUUUCUACUUUUCAGGUAUUAUGUUAAACAUAAGUUAACUGAAAUGACUUAGACUUUUUCCCUUUGAGUACAAUGCACUGAAAGUGAUAAACCUUACAACUAAAAUUUAACUUUAAUAGCAGUAGAAGAGUACAGAAAGAAGAAGAGUUAAUUUUACCCAAAAGUCAGGAUAGAGAAGGUAUUACAGCAAAAAUGACAUGUGGACCCAAAGUGUGUAUAGGCUUUUAACAAGUGAGGAACAACCAUAGCAGUGAGGAAACAUCAUGAACCAGAGAAUGAAACUCUGGAAAUUUAUACAAUGUCCUAGAGACAGAACACUGUGAGCAGAAUAAGGACGGAACAAACAAAUUAGAAAUAAAUUGGUAGGAGUCUCAUAAUGCCAUGUUAAAAAUUUCGAGUUUAUUUUCCUGGCAAGUAGUAGGCAUAAAAAGCAGAGGAGAGUUUUUAUUUCCUUGUUAUCCUAUACAAUAUGAUGAAUUUGUAUUGUGAGAAACUGAACCAGAGAGAUUAAAUAAAAAGCUGGUAAAAAUAUUUCAAAAAAGAAAUGAUGAAGUCUCAAUAAAGCAGUAGAAUUACAACAAAGAGUGAAUGGAUUAGAGAGAUAUCAGAGAGACAUGGAAUCAGUAGGUAAUAGAAUUAAGAGGUGAGGAAGAGUAGGCAAGUCAUUGAUAAUUCCAACUUUUCUGCUUAGGUAACUACCGAGAGUACCAACAAAGGGAGGGAGGGGGUUUCAGACAUGGGAAAAGGAUAAUGAGUUUCACCUUAUCAUAGAAUUAAGCACAUAUAGAUGAAAAUUAUUGGUCAACAAUUAAAAAUAUAGACCUGAAAUUUAGGAGGAGGCUGGGAAAAAGACAUAGAUUUGGAAGUCAGCUAAGUAGAGAUGAUGCCUGAGUCUAUUGGAGAAUUUUGGGUCAUCUAGGCAAAAAUUAGGAUACUUGUUCCAAAAGGAGUCCCAAGGAUGUAGCCUCAUAUAACACCUUCAUUGGAAAAGCAAGAAGCUAAAGUGGCAAAGAAAAAGAAAGAAAGGAAGGAGGGAAGGAAGGAAGGAAGGAAGGA